AGCGAUACAUGUGACUCAGGGCCAGCUGGUCGGCCGCUGACUAUCACCUUCCCUUGUUCUAUUAUCUCUCCCGAGUUAAAGAUCGGCUCAGAGUCGGAACUAAGAUCGUCACCGGUCCGGUCCCUGGAUGCUCUAACCGCGAAAGAUCUAUGUCAGCCGAGGAGCAGCCGCCCGACCCGGCCGGGGCCGGCGACGGCGGAAGGAGGGUCUCCACCUCUUCAGAUGUUUCAGAGCCGGAAGAGACUUCCAGCCUCGUCCACCCUGGGCAGGGACUACCUUCGAUCGCAUUCGCGCCGAGCACCAGCAACGGCGGCCCAGCUCUAGAAUCCAGGAACAGCAACGACGAGCGAGAGCCGCUUCUACCCAGGAUGGACAACAACCAGACCCUUAACACCAACCAAUUCCCAGAUGAUCCGUUUUUUUCUGAUUUGAUGAUCCAAGCCCACACAGCGAUCGAGAACAAAGUUUAUCCUGAGAGAAUUUAUCAAGGAUCAUCGGGAAGUUAUUUCGUAAAAAAUCCUAGUGGAAAAAUAAUUGGCGUAUUCAAGCCAAAAGAUGAAGAGCCAUAUGGCAGACUGAAUCCCAAAUGGACCAAAUGGAUGCACAGGCUAUGCUGCCCGUGUUGCUUUGGAAGAAGCUGCUUAAUACCAAACCAAGGCUACCUUUCUGAAGCAGGGGCUAGCCUUGUUGAUCAAAAACUCAAUCUUGGUAUCGUCCCAAAAACUAAAGUUGUUUAUUUAACCAGUGAGACAUUUAAUUAUGAUUCUAUAGCUAGAGGAACAUCGCAUUUUAAACAUUUUAUGUUCGAUUCGUGUCCAAUCGUAGGAAAGAGAUUUAACAGAUUGGGUCUUAAACCUAAGGUCGGCUCAUUUCAAGUAUUUGUCGACGGUUAUAAAGACGCUGAUUAUUGGCUGAGGAGGUUCGAAGUAGAUGGGAUGCCACCCGCAACGCAAAGGGAGUUCAGAUUUCAAUUCGAACGACUUGUCGUUCUAGAUUACAUAAUAAGAAACACAGACAGAGGUAACGACAAUUGGCUGAUUAAAUACGACCCACCUGUUGUGAAAAAUCAACCAAGGCUAGGAGGAGGCGAUGAAGAAAUGAAAGAUCCCACUGAUUGGGAUACCGCAAAGCCAAAUAUUUCAGUAGCCGCUAUCGACAACGGUCUUGCAUUUCCUUUUAAGCAUCCAGAUUCUUGGAGGGCUUAUCCAUAUCACUGGGCUUGGAUUCCACAGGCAAAAGUCCCUUUUAGCCAGGAGACGAAAGACCUCAUUCUACCUCGCAUUCGAGAUAUUAAUUUUGUCGAAGAGCUUAUUGAUGAUUUACGUAAUCUAUUCAAGCAAGAUAAAGGGUUUGAUGGUAAGGCAUUUGAUCAACAAAUGAGUGUAAUGCAUGGUCAAAUUCUCAAUCUUAAGCAGGCGCUAAUUGACAAUAGCAGCCCAUUGCAGCUUGUUCAAAAACCAGCGAUUGUCCUCAGAAGGACGUCUGGUUUGGUCGGGACUACAUCCACUUUUAAAUCCUUCUCCGAUGCCUUCACAGAAGAUGUUCAAAGGAAAAGCCCAUUUUUUUCCUGGUGUUGAUUUUAGACUCGGUAGAAAAGUCUCUUUUUUUUAUAUUUUUCAUUUUCUACUCGUCACCCCCUCUUUUUACAGAUGCUCCUCCCUCUCUUUAUUUUGCGGUCUUAAGACAUGAUAUGGUUGUGCUUUAUAUUUUAGAAUGGUAAGAUAAUCGAUUAGAAGUUUUAGAAAGCUGGGAUGUAUAUAUUAAAACUAAACAAAAAAACAUGUUAACAAUGAAAUGACAAUGAGACAGGCCAUUGU